CCUUCUCGGUCUAGGAAAGAAGGAAAAAGAAGAGGAGCGAAAGCGAGAGAUGGCCGCGGAGCAGGUGAGAGCGUCGCACAUACUGAUCAAGCAUGAGGGUUCGCGGCGCAAGGCCUCGUGGAAGGAUCCGGACGGCCGCGUCAUCUCCGCCACCACCCGCGACGCCGCCGUCGGCCAGCUCCUCACCCUCCGCGAGGACAUCGUCUCCGGCAAGGCCCGAUUCCAGGACGUCGCCGCACGCUACUCCGACUGCAGCUCCGCCAAGCGCGGCGGUGAUCUCGGUCGUUUCGGGCGUGGACAGAUGCAGAAGCCCUUUGAAGAAGCUACCUAUGCACUCAAAGUGGGCGAACUUAGUGACGUCGUGGACACCGACAGUGGUGUCCAUAUCAUUCUAAGAACUGGUUAAUUGCCAGAUUAAAGAAAAGGUAUCCAUGACUUCAGAUCCGAUUCCUCAUCAUAAACACCCACAUUAUAAAUGACAUCUAUAAUAAGUCUGCACUGAUACCUUUGCUUUCUAUGCUUGUGAUAAUAGGGCUAUAACAUCAUUACAAAUCUUUUGGCCCUAAACUCUUUCCAUAAGAGUAUGUGACUGAGUGUUCUCCUUUGGAUCAUUACUGGAGUACUUAAUGAUAUUUUGGAUUGGAUA